AUGAAGUACUCUACCGUUACAUUAUUAGCCAUUGCAGCUGCAACUGCAAACGCUCUGGUUGUCCCAGGUUAUAAUGCUGCUAUUCUCAAGAGAGCUGGUGAUACUAGUGGUGCUACUGACAGUAGUAGUGGCGCUUCCGGAUCUUCUGGAUCUGCUGGAUCUUCUGGAUCUGCUGGAUCUGCUGGAUCUGCUGAUAGUAGUAGCGGUGCUUCUGGGUCUUCUGGAUCUUCAGGAUCUGGUGCUUCCCCUGUGGGAGCUGCUUCUGAACAAUCUGCCGGAGCUGCUGGAUCUGCUGGUGGUUCCGUUGCAUCUGCUGCUGGUGCUGGAGGAGCUUCUGGUGUAGCACUUGCUGGAUCUGCCGCUACCGGUGCUGCUACCGGUGCUGCUACAGCUGCUGGAUCCGCUGCUGGUCUUGCUGGAUCUCAAGCUACUGGUGCUGCCGCUGCUGCUUCUGGCGCUGGUCUUGCUGGAUCUGCUGGAGGUGCUAGUGCCGGUUCCGCUGGAUCUGCUGCCACUGCCACUGUUGCAUCUGCUGCUGGUUCAGCUGCUGCGGGUGCUUCUGGUGCCACUUCUGGUGCUGCUUCGGGCACUUCUGGUGCUGAAUCUAGCGGAUCUGCUCCUGCAAUUGGCCAACUGAACUCAUCCCCAUCUUCUGCUGGUGGCUCUUCAGGAUCUUCUGGUGCUUUAGGAUCAGGUUCUGGAUCAGGUUCUGGAUCUUCCGCUGGAGGAUCUUCCGGCUCAAGAACCUCUUCUUCCCCAUCUGGUUCAGGCUCUUCUUCAUCAGGAUCUUCUUCAUCUAGCUCCGGUUCUGGUGCUAUGUCCGGAAAGUCCACUGGCUUUGGCUUUGCGGCUGUUGCAUUUGCUGCAGGCUCCUUAUUAAUCUAG